AUGAAAGUAAAUAAAGCAAAGCUCAAGUCCGACGAAAAGACCCUGAAAUAUGGAGCACAUGGACUUCAUUUGUAUGGCGUGAACGAGACUACUCGGUACAGUGAAUGGUUCACGGUACCACCAACACCUUCGGCCAGGGAUUAUGUGGCGGAAAUAGUGGAGGGUAGGAAGUUUCAGAUCGAGACUAACAAGCCGAUAAAAACACCUCAAGAUAUCAGAUGGAUGAUGGGAGGAGUAGGGUGGUUCACAUUCACAACGGCGUCUUUAAAUGCUGCCUUAUGCAAUCAAGGAUAUCCAUUAACAGGAGAAGAAGGAUUCUUAAAAGAAGCUGGUGUUCUAACUUUCUUGAAGACUGCCACUCACCUAAAAGUAUGGUUUAAUGAUGUUCUUAAACCUGUAGUCGACUGGAAAUUUGAGGAUAACCAGGGCUCGAGAUGCUAUAUGAGGAAUAAACUGAACGGAUUGAAUUUUGACGGGAAUUCAGCUUACCAAUGGGAUAGGGCAUUCGCAGACGACUUGGUAAUCCUCGUACGAGGCAUCUGUAAAGUCACGAUCAGAGACAUAGCCCAGCAACAGCUACAGAACAUCAGCAACUGGUGCACGAGCAAAGGAUUAAAACUCAGUGGAGUCAAGAGUACAGCAAUCCUAUUCACCACCAAACAGGACAAUAAUCUAGACUCCCCGCUAACAGUUGACGGAACUACAGUUCCCACAGUUAAUAGUACAGUCUACCUAGGGGUUACUUUCGACCAGAAACUUAAUUGGGGUACUCACAUACUUAAAAAAUGUGAUAAGGCCAUAGGACAACUUCACGCUUGUAAACAAGCUGUAGGAAAAAUCUGGGGCAUCUCACCGGCGGGUGUGAGAUGGAUCUAUAACCAAGUCAUUCUCCCCUCACUAGGUUAUGCAGCGAUAGUUUGGCAACACUCAACAGACAGACACUACAUCUCUGUCAGACUGGAAACAGUUCAACGCCAAGCAGGUCUCAUGAUCACUAGAGGACUGAAAAGUACUCCCACUCCUAACCUGGAGAUCCUAGCUAGAAUCCGUCCCAUCAGCCUUAAACUUAAAUCUCUAGCAAUUAAGUCGGCAAUGAGACUUAAAUUACAAGGAACAUGGAAUAAACAGUACCAUUACAACCAGCGAGGACACUGUAAAUCACACGCUUACAACGUCGAGAAAAUGAUAACUAACAUAACUUACACAGGAUGCACACUUCAGGACAAUAUCCCCAAGGUUACCAUGCUGGACAGACGUUUCAAGGUAAUUAUACAAGAAAGGAAAGCUGCCAUCAACUACAUCGAUAAUCUUCCUCCCUACAUCUGGCAGAUCUUUACAGACGGCUCGAAAGCAAGUGGAAUUACAGGAGCGGGAUUCUGUGUCAUCAAAGCAGCACAAGAGUACCACAGAGUCAGCUAUCAACUUGGCACGCUGGCAACAGUCUACCAAUGCGAGCUCUUUGCGAUCCACAUGGCAAGUAUCUGGAUCAAUGAUAACAUAGGGUUACCAGCUACCAUUAACUUUUUCUCAGAUUCCCAGGCCUCGCUUAAAGCGCUUACCAGCACUAGCAUUAGCUCCAGAAUAGUACUGGACAUCGUAGACCAACUUAAUACAUUAGGUACCUCCCACCGAGUAGAACUUAGGUGGGUCCCAGGACACGAAGGAGUACAUGGUAACGAACUUGCCGACGAACUCGCAAGAGAGGGAUCCAGCAGUAUCCCCAUAGGACCUGAACCAUUCCUCCCACUACCUGAAGGAAUCAUCAACAACGCAAUCGAUGAGUACCUACUCAAACUACACCUCAACGCAUACCGACAGGUCGACCUCAGUGAUAAAGGGAAAAUCCCUCUUGGACUAUUCCUUAACAAAUACAAAUACAGGAAUAUUAAUAUCACAGGAACUCACCUCAGAUGGCUAACAUGGCUACUUUCAGGGCACAGCCCACUAGCUUACUUUCAGACUAGGGCCAACAACGUCAACUUUGAGACACAAGACUGCGAACACUGCCCAGGGGAAGCAGAAACAUCACAACAUUUCCUCUGCGAAUGUGUACAGCUGAUGACUAUCAGACUGAGGAUAUUUGGUAAACCUCUACUCACAAUGGAGGAAAUUAUCAACAGUAAACUCAACCACAUCAUAAAGUUUGUGGAACAGUCAAAAAGACUAGACAAGGAAGAUCUCUUUGGGUAA